UGCAUGUAGCGUCUGUUUACACUAAAUAUCUGUAGUAUUGGAUGGUGUGUUUAUUAAUUGAUUUGUUUACUAAUGUGAUACCGUAGUCUGAGUGACUUUCAUACUUUAUUUCUCUUCUAAGGACAGUCUGAUUUCUAGUAAUUGGUUUAAUUAUAUGAUUCAUAAAAUAUGAGUGCAGGUAGCUUGGUACAGAAGAUUUGUUCUUGUCUAGAAAUAUUAGUGGAAGUAAAGACAACAGAGUCAUCUGAACCAGUCAGAAAUCUCUCAAAGAAAGAAAUAUUGUUUCAUCAGUUGAAGAAAAAUGUGCAUUCAGCUUUUCAAAAAUUAGAAAUUUAUGAUGAUUUAAAAACUGCUGUAAAGGAGUAUAUUCAACCUUGCCAAAAAAAUAAAUGCAAAACUUGUGAUCACUUGGAUUUUCUAGCUUUGUGUCUGGUGUUAAUUAAAUUGCUUAAUGAGGCCCUUAUUGCUGAAGAAACUGGGGAUGUUGGUGUGAACAAAAGUAAACAAAAGUACUCAGUGCCUAAAGUUUUACUGAGUAUAUCACAGCUGAAAGUACUUAAAAAGUGUUUGCAGUUUGUUGUAGCACUGGGAAUUUUGCCAAACUUGUUACGAGGUGUAGGUAUACCAUUGAUAAAAAAAUCAGAAUAUGGGAGUUUAGUAGAGCAUCUAUCAUCUGAUUGCACCCCUCAUCAAAAACAUGUGCAAAUUGUCAUCUGCGUGGAAACUCUACUGAAUUGUCUUGAUUGUGAUGCUAUACACAGUAUCAUUCUUACUUCUUAUGGGUGUGAUUUACUAUCUGCUUUGUUUCAACUGUGCCAUGCUCCUUUAAAAAAGAUAGAUGAUAAUGAGUAUGAAGCUAAAAAGGUCGAAUUAAAGAGAGAUUUUGUUACAAUGAUUGGGUUGAUAAAAGAUAAUUCAUCCUAUGAUGAUAUGCAAGUCAUUAUUGAAAGGAUACAUGAUCGUAAUCAUUUUACUCCUAGAUUAGAAAAGUUGACGAAACUGUUUUGUCGAUCUUCUCUGAUGUGGGAAUUAUUUCUUCAGCUUGGAUUUCCAGUAAAGGAUGAUAGAGUGUCGUCUGUCCCAAAAGUUCCAAUAUGGCUAAACAAACUGUGCAACCAAAUGUUUACCGAUUUGCUUCUUCAAAAGAAUGGUGUCGCAACAUUUGUACUAGCUUUUCUCACUGAAGUCCAUGUUAGAAAGUUCCGCUUUCCCAGCGAGCAGAAAUUUUCUCCCCAGCGAGCAGAAAUAAAUGUCGGCCAAGAAAAGGUACGAGAGCAACUCCGACAGGUGAAAGGAGAGCUUACAGAAGAAACUGGAGCCAUAAAAGACGAUGUGGAAAUGAGAGAAGUGGCAUCUGAAGAAUCAAAGGAUGAAAAAAUGAAGGAAGUAGCUAAUGAACUGCCUGAGAAAGAUCAAGAAAUGAUGGAUGAAACAUCUAACGAGAUUAAAGAAAGAGAACGAAAAGAUGAAGAAAAAGACAGGAAUGACGCUUCUCAUCCUCAGGCGUCCGAAGUUGAACUGGAAGACAGUGAUAAUAUUGCUCGUAAAGAUGAAGAAAUAAACGAAGUGGCUUGUAAAGCUUCUGAAAGAGAUUUUGAUAUUCAGAAUGCAACUGUAGAUCAUGCACACGUAGAGACUGUGGCUCGCAUAAUAGCAACAAAGCCUUCUUAUAAUUUGUUGUUAGAAGAUUACGUUAAGAGGUUGUCAAAACAGGUAUUUGAAUUGCUUCAUUCAAAAGGAUCUCAGUUGGAUGCCUUAUAUCAUUCUAUUGCAUCCUGCCUUAUUUUACAGUUUUGUGAAACAAGAAUGAAAUUAGCUCAGAAAUAUUUCUUUGACAGUAUUUUUAAACCUCUUCAAUUAUGUGUCAGUUCUCCAGGUACAGAUGGUGUUAUUGUGAAAGAGAAUGAAUUUACAGUGUGCAUUGAAGAUUUGUAUCAGAUUUUUGUUUCCUGCAAUUCUCCUGUCAGUCGAAAGCAUUCACGUUUGCUGUAUCCUUAUUUCCACUGUUUAUGCCGCUUGUAUUUCUUCUUAUUAGAAGGGAUAUCAUUUCUGAGGUCAAAAGUUAAAGGUUUGUUGGCACAUAUCUUAAGUUCUGCAUCUCAUGAAGAUGCCGUUCCUUUAUUGCAUGCAGCAACAUUUUCAAGCAAUAAAUACUUUCCUGUGCAUUUGACAAAAGUCCGUUUCAUGUAUGGUGAUGAAGGAGGUGUUGCAGCUGUCCCACCUGGCAUUGACGACUUAAGUGAAGCAUUUUCUCAUUGUCAUGGCACUUUAGAAUUGUUGAAAGAACUGCAGAAUAAAAGUUUAAACAGUUCAUACUUCUUAUUUAUUUUGCAAGAAUUUUGUAAUUUAAUCUCGAAAAUGAAAGAAGGUGCAAAAGAUGAAAAUUUUGGAAAGGAACGAUUACUGUGUGUCAUUCUGCUGAAACAGUUUUCUGAAUGGAACGAAGAAAUAAAUGAAGCUAUUUUAUCAAAUACAUCUGGAGCCAUUGACUUAGUUGUUGCUCUUUUGGAUGACGCUUGUGAUGAAACCUCUUUCCCCAAAGAGAGUAUUGUGAUAGCUCUGAUAAUUUUAAAUGCAGUGAUUGAAAACAUAAAUCAGCUGACUUCAGCACAUUGGGCUCUUCUUAAAAGAUGCCUGCCAAACUUACAGAAAUUGCAAAAGAGUAAUAUAGAUAUUUGCUUGAAACAGAUGGUGUCCAGUAUUUUAACAUUCAUUGCUACACAUGGUGCUGCAUGUGAAAAUGAUGCCUGUGCUGAUGUGAUGAAAGAAUUCAUUGCGAAUAUGUCUGAACUUUCAAACCAAAGAGCUAAGAAUCUUAAAGGAAGUCAAGCUCGAAAAGGGAUUAAUAAGAAAAGCAACAAAACAUGCUCUUCUAGAAAGCACACUUCUGAUUCAUCAAAUAUUUCUGAAGGGGCUGGAUGUUCCAGGCGGUCUAGUGACAACGUUAAACCUGAACCCCAAAAGAAAAGUGUUAAAGAUGUUGAUAAUAUAGUUUCAGGUAUAUCAAAUAUGGAUUUAGGUUCCUCAGUGAGCAAAAAGGAAUCUACUUUUCAAGCAGCUAUGAAUGAUUUGAAACAUUCAUUAGUCGCAGUUAGAGGACAUGCACUUAUUUCCCUGGGAAAGUUAUUGCAGCAACGAGAUGCUGAAACAUUACAUAACAAAGAAGAACUCUUGAAAAUGUUUCAGGAAAAUCUUGAGGAUGAAGACUCUUACAUUUAUUUACCAGCCAUCCAAGGUUUGUCAUUACUUGCUGAUUGUGAUGUAGAAUUGGUUCUUCCUACUUUAUUAAAGGAAUUUCAAAACCCUGGUAAAAAAGCAUGUGAGGUCAUAUUAAAAAUUGGAGAGGUUUUAUUGAAAAUUUGUCGUCUGUUAGGAGAGUUUGUAUAUAAAUAUAAGGAACAAAUGUUGCAUACAUAUUUGAUUGGUGCAAAACAUGAAGAUCCAAGAAUCCGCUCAUCUAGUCUCUCAAAUUUAGGUGAAGCUUGUAUUUAUUUGAAGUUUAAUAUUGAAGGUCAUUGGCUUCAAGAAAUACUUGUUUGUGUUCUGGCCUUACUGAAGACCGAUAAAGAUUUGGAAGUCCGAAGAUGUGCAGUGAUGGUCAUUACUCUCUUAUUUCGAGGAAUUGGAAAUGAUUUGCUUAAGGUGUUAGAAAAAGAAAUAAAAAGCCUCUAUAUACAAUUGAAAAUUGUGUACAGCACAGAAGCUGAUGAUGUUUUGCGUCUCCAUUCGCAGCUAGCAUUGGAAGAAAUAAAUGUGGUGAUGAAGGAACUCUUGUUAACAAAGCUGCCUUUAAAGAAAGAAAUUCGAAUUUUACAGUAACUGUAAUGCAAUGUUUUUGAUGUGUUUAAAAAUUUGUAAUAAAAAACAAAUUAAAUGUGCA